AUGAGUACUGCAAGAACUGAAAGUCCAGUCAUUUUGGGCUUGUCCAACCAGAAUGGACAGAUCAGAGGCUCAGGGAAGCCAGGUGGAGGAGGAGGAGGAGGCGGCGGCGGCGGCAACGGCGGUGGCGGCCCACAGCUAAAUCCUAUAAAAGGCACAAUUAACAACGGAGACUCCCUGCCAGCUACAACUAAUGCUGUUAUCAAACCUGGAGAUGACUGGAAGAAGAAUUUGAAACUACCGCCAAAGGACAUGAGAAUGAAAACAUCGGAUGUCACAUCAACUAAAGGCAAUGAAUUUGAAGACUAUUGCCUCAAACGGGAGCUGCUCAUGGGAAUAUUUGAAAUGGGUUGGGAAAAACCAUCUCCUAUCCAGGAGGAAAGCAUCCCCAUUGCACUGUCAGGACGUGAUAUUUUAGCCAGAGCCAAAAACGGCACAGGGAAGAGUGGAGCCUACCUCAUUCCCUUACUUGAACGCAUUGAUCUGAAGCGGGACUGCAUACAAGCAUUUGUCAUAGUGCCCACAAGAGAACUGGCUCUGCAAGUGAGCCAAAUAUGUAUCCAGGUCAGCAAACAUAUGGGUGGAGUGAAGGUGAUGGCAACAACAGGUGGCACAAACCUCCGUGAUGACAUCAUGAGGCUCGAUGAGACAGUACAUGUGGUUAUUGCCACUCCAGGACGAAUCUUGGACCUCAUCAAGAAAGGAGUGGCCAAGGUCAAUCAAGUGCAGAUGACUGUGCUGGAUGAAGCAGACAAACUGUUGUCACAGGACUUUGUGGUAAUGAUGGAAGAUCUCCUCAGCUUUCUACCCAAACAAAGACAGAUCUUACUAUAUUCUGCUACUUUCCCCCUCAGUGUGCAGAAGUUCAUGAGUUCACAUUUACAGAAACCCUACGAGAUCAACCUCAUGGAGGAGCUCACCCUGAAGGGAGUGACCCAGUAUUACGCCUAUGUUACCGAACGGCAAAAGGUCCACUGCCUCAACACCUUGUUUUCCAGGCUUCAGAUCAACCAGUCUAUAAUCUUCUGCAAUUCCUCUCAAAGAGUUGAGCUGCUUGCCAAGAAAAUUUCUCAACUGGGCUAUUCAUGUUUCUACAUUCAUGCUAAAAUGAGACAGGAGCACCGCAACCGUGUUUUCCAUGACUUCAGAAAUGGCCUGUGCCGUAAUCUUGUGUGCACUGAUCUCUUCACUAGGGGUAUUGACAUUCAGGCUGUGAAUGUUGUCAUUAACUUUGACUUUCCAAAGCUGGGAGAAACAUAUUUGCAUCGUAUUGGACGAUCUGGACGCUUUGGACACCUUGCGAAAGUCACGAAGACGCCAAGCCAUGAGCAACCAGCCCUCUCUCCUUUCCCCUUUGCCCCUUUCCUGCCCCCCUCAAAUGUACAAUCAGAAACGGCAGUUUUGCUUGUUUCCUCUGAAAAUGUUGUUCUGCCUCCACCGUGUGACAGUGAGAUUUACUGCUCUGGGCCCAUCCUGGAUCAGAUCCAGAGAGCCAAACUGUACGAGGAUGACAAAUACUUUGUUGACAUGAAGCUAAAGGUUUCCCCCGAUAUUAUUUCAUCCGCAUUUCAGAACCUAUCGAAUGUAUUCCCGGUAGUCCCCCGGGAAAAACUGCAGGAGUUCAUUAAUAUGUAUUUUGAGAAGCCAGGAUCAGAAUUUGAAACAUGGACUCCACCAGACUGGCACAACAAACCAGAAUUUUUAAACAAGAUAAAUGACAAACAACUGCGUGAAUGGGCUUUUAAAAUCCACCAACUCUGGAAACAACUUGGCAAAAAGAUUCGGGAUGACGUGAGAGAGCAGCCACAGCUCUAUUCGCAGAUAUACACGCCGUAUCCGGUGGUGGUGCCGGGAGGGCGCUUCAGGGAGCUGUACUACUGGGACUCCUACUGGGUCAUCAACGGACUGCUGCUCUCGGAGAUGACAGACACGGCCAAAGGGAUGAUCCAAAACUUCCUCUACCUCAUUGAAAAAUAUGGCAGCGUUCCAAACGGUGGGCGGAUUUACUACGAGCGCCGCAGUCAGCCCCCCUUCCUCACUCUGAUGGUGGAGAGCUACUACAGGGCCACUGAGGAUAAAGAGUUCCUCAGAGCUGCUGUACCCAGACUGGAUCAGGAGUACAGGUUCUGGAUGCAGAAUCGCUCGGCCUCGGUGAGCGUGAAUGGCAGCGUGCACAGGCUGAACAGGUUUGAUGUCCAGGUGGGAUUGCCAAGGCCUGAAUCCUACACGGAUGAUCUGGAGCUGGCUGAAGGACUCUCGGAUGACUCGAAGCAGCAGUUGUGGAUGGACCUGAAGGCGGGUGCAGAGUCUGGCUGGGACUUCUCUGCCCGCUGGUACGUGAACAGCAGUGGCCAGAACUCAGGCACUCUCCGAGACACCCGCACCAGCCAGAUCCUGCCCUCUGACCUCAACGCCCUGCUGUGUCGGACCGAGAAGACGCUGGCCUCUUUUCACCGACUCCUGGGUUCACAAGAGUCAGCAGUACUGUAUGAGCAGGCGGCGGAAGAAAGACAGAGAGCCAUGGAUGCAGUGCUGUGGGAUGACCAGCGGGGGGCGUGGUUUGAUUAUAACUUGCUGACAGGAUCCAAACAUUUAGGAUUCUACCCCUCCAACCUGGCUCCUCUGUGGGCGCAGUGCUACUCUAAUGAGGAGAGGGCACAAAGGGCUGUGCAGUAUCUAAAGGGGAGUGGUGCUCUACACUUCCCAAAUGGAGUUCCCACAUCACUGAAGGAGUCUGGGCAGCAGUGGGACUAUCCGAACGCCUGGCCUCCUCUACAGCAUAUGCUUAUUGAGGGUUUAUCCAAGUUGCCUUCUGAAGAUGCCAAACAAAUUGCACAGGACUUGGCUCAGAAGUGGAUCCGCACUAACUGGAUGGCGUACACAAAAUAUGAAGCCAUGUUUGAAAAGUACGAUGUGAAUGGGGAUGGCAAACCCGGAGGUGGAGGGGAAUAUGAAGUGCAGUUGGGCUUUGGUUGGACUAACGGCGUGGCUCUUCAGCUGUUGGACCAGUUUGGAUGCUGUCUGACCUCAGGCAACAGAUGUACCGGCCCAGGCCUCCUCCUCCUCCUCUCACUCCUCCUCAUGCUCCGCUAA